AUGAGCGGCGAGCCGCCUGCAAAGCGCGCUAAAAAUGACGACUUCCCCACUGUCGUUGCAUUUGACAACUUAGUGAGGAUUUGUGAGGAAAUUAAGGGCAUAGAUGCACAAGCAAGUGAAAAAAUAGUCGAAAUCGAUUCAAAAUACAACAAACUACGGCAGCCCCUUUAUGCCCAGCGCACAGAAGCCAUCCGAGAGUAUGAUCAAGAGACUGGCAUGAGUUUCUGGCCAGACACCAUGGUCAACCAUCCCAGACUAUUUUCAUAUUUUACUCACAAAACCGAAAAGGUGCUUUCCUAUUUGUCUGAAAUCGAAAUUAUGGAGGAAAUGGACCAAACUAAAGGGUUCACAAUAAAACUUUUGUGGGAAGACAAUCCAUACUUCGAAGAAAAAGUGAUGGAAAAGAGAACACUUUGGGAUAAAGAACGGAAUAAACUUCGGAAUUAUCCUGUCACGAUCACCUGGAAGCCGGGGAUGAAUAUUCUGAAAAGAAAAGACAAAAAUGUAUCUCCUGAAAUCGAAGAUGAAGGUGAAUAUGACGAUUACUUCUUCGGCUGGCUCACUACUUAUACAGAGGAAGAAAACGACGAGAUAGCUGGUAUUCUCAGAGACGAAAUCUGGAGUAACCCAGUUAAUUAUUUUGUCUUCGACUUGAAAAAAACGCUCAAGCAAAAUUAUAGCCAGCACGAUUUGAGUCCGAAUAGCGAGUCCGACUACGAGCUCGACGAAAGUGAGGUCGGGGAAGAGUUGACAGCAAAAAAUCUUGAAUUAAACGAUCGCCCCAACCGUGAUACUCUUCCGAAAUUAACAGAUAACAACGGAGAGAGCGAAAAACCAGCAAAAAAAGCAAAAAAGUUCUGA